CAGGUGGUCAGCAGAGAGCCAUGGAUACCACCACCUCCAUGAAGAUGACCUCCCUAGCUGUCCAGAGCCUGUUCAGCUACAUGGAGGAGGAGGACCUGGCUGCCGUCAAGGCACAUUUGGACAAGUUCAGAGAUGUGGACUGUAGGAGCGAUAAUGGACAGACUCCCCUGAUGGUGGCUGCAGAGCUGGGCAGUCUGGAGAUCGUACAAGAACUCAUCAGGAGAGGAGCUUGUGUUAACUUUGAUGACGUUGACUGCUGGACAGCGCUGAUCUCAGCAGCGAAGGAGGGCCACAUCGAGGUGGUGAAGGAAUUACUGGAGAACAAUGCCAACUUGGAGCACAGAGACAUGGGAGGAUGGACUGCUCUCAUGUGGGCGGCCUACAAGAAUCGCACAGAUGUGGUCCAGCUGCUUUUAGAAAAAGGAGCUAAUCCUAACAUCACUGGACAGUACAGCGUCUACCCCAUUAUCUGGGCGGCAGGUCGAGGCCAUGCAGAGAUUGUCGAUCUUCUGCUGCAGCACGGAGCCAAGGUCAACUGCUCGGACAAGUAUGGGACCACUCCUUUGAUCUGGGCAGCAAGGAAGGGUCACUAUGACAGUGUGAUGCACCUUUUGGCCAAUGGAGCUGAUGUGGAUCAGGAAGGAGCUAACUCCAUGACAGCUCUGAUUGUAGCAGUGAAAGGUGGCUACACUAAAGUUGUUAAAGAACUGCUGAAGAGGAACCCAAAUGUGAACAUGACAGACAAGGAUGGAAACACAGCCCUCGCCAUCGCUGCCAAAGAGGGUCACACGGAGAUUGUGCAGGACCUGCUUGAUGCUGGCACUUAUGUUAAUAUUCCAGACAGGAGUGGAGAGACUGUGCUGAUUGGAGCCGUGAGAGGAGGUCAUGUGGAGAUAGUUCGAGCUUUGCUGAACAAAUAUGCUGAUGUUGACGUUAAAGGCCAGGAUGGAAAGACUGCCCUCUACUGGUCGGUGGAGAAAGCUAAUGCAACGAUGGUGAGAGACAUCCUGCAGUGUAACCCGGACACAGAGAGCUGCACCAAGGAUGGAGAGACUCCACUAAUCAAAGCCACAAAAAUGAGGAACAUAGAGAUAGUGGAGCUGCUGCUGGAUAAAGGAGCCAAAGUGGCUGCAGUGGACAGGAAAGGAGAUACUCCGCUCCAUAUCGCCAUCCGUGGACGAAGCCGAAAGCUGGCUGAGCUGCUGCUUAGGAACCCCAAAGAUGGCCGCUUGCUGUACCGCCCCAACAAAACAGGAGAAACUCCAUACAACAUUGACUGCACCCACCAGAAAAGCAUCCUGACACAGAUAUUUGGAGCCAAGCACCUUUCCCCGACUGAAUCGGAUGGAGACAUGCUGGGUUAUGACCUGUAUAGCAGCGCUCUAGCUGAUAUUCUUAGUGAACCCACCAUGCAGCCACCUAUCUGCGUUGGCCUGUACGCUCAGUGGGGGAGUGGCAAGUCUUUCCUUCUUAAAAAGCUGGAGGAUGAGAUGAAGACAUUUGCAGGUCAGCAGAUCGAGCCGCUGUUCCAGUUCUCCUGGCUCGUGGUCUUCCUCACCCUGCUUCUCUGUGGCUCAAUUGCUGUCAUUCUGGGCUUUACUGUCAAUCCCAAGUUGGCAAUUGCUGUAUCCCUCAGCCUCCUUGCUCUGCUCUAUAUUUUUUUUGUGUUGGUGUACUUUGGAAGUCGACGUGAAAGGGAGAACUGGAACUGGGCGUGGGUCAUCAGUACCCGCCUGGCUCGUCAGGUCGGUUAUCUAGAGCUGCUGCUCAAGCUGAUGUUUGUAAACCCCCUGGAGCUUCCUGAGCAGACUGCUCGAGCCCUGCCUGUCAGGUUCUUGUUCACAGAUUAUAACCGCCUGUCGAGUGUUGGAGGAGAGACUUCUUUAGCUGAAAUGAUUGCCACGCUAUCAGACGCCUGUGAGAGAGAGUUUGGCUUCCUGGCCACCAGACUGUUUAGAGUUUUUAUGAACGACGAGAUCAAGGGUCAAAAAUGGAAGAAAACAUGUUGUGUUCCCUCCUUUGUGGUGUUUUCAUUGACUCUUGGCUGCCUGAUAACUGGAGUGGCACUGUUGGCCAUCUUUAAGGUGGACCCCAAGAACCUGACAGUAAACGCAGUGCUGAUAGCCAUGGCCAGUGUGGUAGGCCUGGCUUUACUGCUCAACUGUAAGACGUGGUGGCAGGUGGCUGAUUCUGUUCUUAACUCCCAGAGGAAACGCCUGCACAGUGCUGCCAACAACCUCCAUAAGCUCAAAAGUGAAGGAUUUAUGAAGGUCCUGAAGCAUGAAGUUGAGCUGAUGUCAAAAAUGGCCAAAACUAUUGACGGCUUCACCCAAAACCAGACACGCAUGGCUGUCAUCAUCGAUGGGCUGGACGCUUGUGAGCAGGACAAAGUGCUGCAAAUGCUGGACACGGUGAGAGUCCUCUUCUCCAAGGGUCCUUUUAUUUCCAUUUUUGCCAGCGACCCUCAUAUUAUAAUUAAAGCUAUCAAUCAAAACCUUAACAGUGUGCUGAGAGACUCAAACAUCAAUGGCCAUGACUACAUGAGAAACAUUGUCCACCUGCCAGUAUUCCUCAACAGCAGAGGACUCAGCCGAGCCAAAAAGCUUUGCAUGGCAGCUUCUACCAAUGGAGAGGCUCUGCCAGCUGAGGGAUGGCCUGAAGACAUGGACAGGAAGGUGUCUCAGAACAGUCUGUCGCAAGAGCAGGGCAAGCAUGGCAGCAAGAGUACUCUAAAUAGAAGGGACACGUACCGCCGUCGUCAGAUGCAGAGAACCAUCACCAGACAAAUGUCCUUUGACCUGACCAAGCUGCUGGUGACAGAAGAUUGGUUCUGCGACAUCAGCCCACAGACUAUGAGGAGGCUGCUUAACAUCGUUUCCAUCACAGGCCGUCUUUUGCGGGCCAAUCAGAUCAUCUUUAACUGGGAUCGCCUAGCGUCAUGGAUCCACCUGACAGAGGAGUGGCCCUACAGGACAUCAUGGAUCAUCCUCUUCUUGGAAGAAGCUGAUGGAGUGUCAGAUCAGGUCACUCUCAAAGCAGUCUAUGAGAGAAUCUCCAAAAACAUCCCCACUACAAAGGACAUUGAGCCCCUGCUGGAGAUCGAUGGAGACAUCCGUAGCUUUGAGGUGUUCCUCUCCUCCAGGACGCCUGUUCUUAAUGCCAGAGACGUUGAGAUGUUUCUGCCCUGCACUGUCAACCUGGACCCCAAACUCAGGGAGAUCAUAGCAGAUGUGCGUGCAGCCAGGGAGCAGAUCAACAUGGGAGGAGUGACCUAUCCCACGCUGCCCCUGCAAGAGGCACUGCCCCGUCCACAAGCAGGGUACGGCCAGCACUCUGCCGUCUGCUCUCCGACGGCCUCCUUUGCCGGGUCGCUGCCUCCUCAACCCCACAGCUCCUACUUCAGUGGAAUGACCGGCCCUCAGCAUCCGUUCUACAACCGGCCUUAUUUCCCCCAACAUGUGUAUCACCUGCCACGUCAUUACUCCCACCAUGUCCCCCCAUCCUUGCGCCCUUCUGUUAAACCACCCAGUCAACCUCAGGAUACCAGUGGACUUGUUGCUAUUGCAGAGGAUGCCAGGGAAGGUCUCCUCUCAAGCCCCUUUGAGCACACGAUGAUGUGUCCUGCGGUGCUGCUCAGCUCUCUGAGCACGGAUGCAGUGUGCGAGCAUCUCAGACAAAUGGAUGGAGUUGACCCCAACAUGUUGCCUCAGUAUGCAGCCAAGAUCAAAAAGGCUAACGUAAAUGGUCGAGUGCUUACUCACUGCAACUUAGACGAGCUGAAGAGAGAGAUGGAGAUGAAUUUUGGUGACUGGCAGCUCUUCCGAGGAAUGGUGAUAGAGCAACGACACGCUGAAAGCCAGGCAGUGAUUCAGGAUGAGUCCCGAGCUGCCAGUGAGCAAGGCAGCAGCGUCGUCCACGGGGAGCCCAGCAGACGCGCAGCAGCCCAGCAUGAAACGGGGCCCUUCAGCCUCAACCUCAGCUUUGAGGAACUCAGCGGAGCGGGGCUGGAAGAGCCUCCGAGACGCAGCAACAACUCACACUGGCCGGUGAUGACUCAACACACUUCAAGCAUAUCCAGCCUCAACUCUCAGGAAUCCUCCAAUGACAUCUGUAAGCUGACAGACAAGCAGCAGGCUGAGUAUCGCGAUGCCUACAGGGAGUACAUCGCUCAGAUGGCCCAGCUCGACAUGUCCGGCAGUGGCGGGGAGAGACCCGUGCAGCCCCAUCCCGGACAGUUCCUCCAGGUCUCCAGCUCAGAGGACAAAGGGGCUAAAGAAGGAACAGACCAAGAUAACCGCAAACCGUUCAACAAGAGGGCCUCGAAGAGCAGCGAUGCCACAGAUUUCGCCCCGGGUGCUGAUGCUCAGCUUCUAGACCCCAUCAGUGAAGAGGAUGAGAAGCUGGACCACAGCUUGUCCUCAAGAACCUCCGGCUUCAGGAAGAAAGGAGUUGGAUCUUUCUACUGCAGGCUGUCCAAUGAAGAAGACUCUGGCCCGGAGGAAGCAGACAACACCACACCGCUCCUUCAGAAGGAGGCUCGAGCCAGUUCUCCAUCUUCACACCGAGCCUCACAGCCUGCUGGGCUGUUGACCAAGCCUGGCCUCCUCACAGAAGUCCUCCUGGAUAAGAAGGACUCUUUGGACUCAGGCUCCAAUGACAGCUCCCCAGAUCUCACCAUGGAGGAUGCAGAAGGAGCCUCAGACAGACCGAAAGAAACACUGAAGCCCAGUUUGAUUGAACUGGAGCUGGAGGGGUUGGUGAAGAAGAGAGGCGCCCUCCCGAGCAGACUGAGCGGCCUUCAGGACGCCGCGGUGGCCCGCAUGUCCAUCUGCUCCGACGUGCCGUCCGAAGCCAGCCUAAUGGCCAGCAGCCCAGAUGAGGAGUGGCUGUCCAACGAGGUCAGCAACCUGAACCGCACCGCCAGCAACACCACCCUCAACAACAACACAAGCAGCCCCAACAACACAAACACCAACAACAGCCAUCAGCAGGACAACAGCGCAGCCACCGAGUCCACCACCCCCUUCACCAGCAUCCUCAUCUCGCCAGCUGUCAUCAUCACCCCCGGCAGCAGCGCCACCAACACCACAGCAGCCACCGUCCACCACAACCAGAACCUGCGCACCUUCAGUCUGGGAGAUGAGAGGGAGAGCGUCCUCUGAAACACGUCUGUGUGUGUGUCGUCAUGUGUCCGGUUGUUGAUGCUGUGAUCUGCUCCAAAGAAUUAGUUCAUGUUCAUAGUUAGAAAAAAAAAAAAUCACAUGUAAAGCUUUAAAUA